AUGCAUCUUUUCGAUCUUCCUCUCGAGCUCUUCGGGCUGAUCACCGAGCAGAUUACGCGCCAACUACCAAUCGAAAAAGUCAUGGAAGCGCGUCUGGUCUGCAAAACCUUCGACAGAGAGAUCGCCAACGUCCUCUGUAGAAGACACGCACGCGACUGGGUCGCCGGAGCGACAACUCUCUGCCCAACAAUCCCGCCUAACGACAAGUGGGCCGCACGCAUAAUAAUGCUUGUAGCAGCCAGCCGUGGCCAACGCACACAACUUCUCCUGCAGACACUGCAGACAGUCGCCGAGCAGAUGAUGGCAAGGAGCGGGAAGCGCGAUGAAAAGACACGGUUUCGGUACCUGGAGGCUGCGUCUGCGUGCGUAGUUGCCUGGCAGCUUCCGAUUCUUCGCCCCACACUUGUGCUUGCGAUUGGAGGGCCCAACUAUAUCAAGCACAUUUGCUUUACCGUUGCCGCUUGGCUGGGCGACCUCGACCUUGUUAAGGCCUUCCUCAUAUCAACUCCGUACAUGAACGCCUACAUCUUCUAUUUCUGCUCUCCGCUCUGGGCUGCCGGUCAUCAGGGCCAUUUCGAAAUCAUACAGUACCUUAUGUCUCAAGGCGCAGACCUAGAUGCCUUCGACGAUAGUUAUGGCUCAGCCUUCGUUGGAGCAUGCUUGGGCGGCCACGUGGAAAUGGUCGAGUACAUGGUCAACCUGGGACUCGACAGUGUCAAAGACCUGUACCAAGAGUACUUCAGCCUGAUUGCUUCGAAGGCGUAUUACGACGCGGGAGUUAUUGAGCACUUUAUGUGGCAAUUUGGGUGUGACGACAAGUUAAUUCACUCAACUCUCGUCACCACAUGCAAGACUGGAGCCGUGCCUGCUGCAAAGCUGCUUAUAGACAAUGCUGCCCACAUAACCCCAACAACAGCCCGUCCCGAGGAGCCAUGGUAUUAUGAGCCCCUUAUCUGUGCCGCCGGGAACGGACACGUCCGCAUUGUGCAGCUGCUGUUAUCAAAAGGCGCCGAAGUCAACCACGACUCUGCUCUCGGCUCCGCCGUCAUGAACGCCAUGCGGUGGGGAAAGCCGCGCGUCUUGGACGUGCUGUUUGCCGCCGGUGCGAACAUUGAUCCCCUCGACAGGUUCGUCUUCGAAUCAGCUAUAGCGGCAGCGCAGCUGGGUUCUAUCAAAUGGCUACUUGACCAUGGGUACGAUAUUAAUGGCCCAACUGAACACGACGCCACCAGAAGCGCGAGGGGCAGGAAGUUCGUGCAGAUGGCUACCCGUCUGGGCUGCCCGGAGAUUCUGCGACUUCUGGCCGGGUACGGCUGUGAUGUCUUCAGGCCCUACUUCUACGCCCACUAUGGGUAUAGGGCUAUGCCGAGACUGCCUAUUUGGGUGGCGCUUAGGAACCGUCAUAGGCAUGGUAAUCAUGACAUGGUUAGGGUUUUGCUUGAGCUUGGGUCUCCGCUGUGGUUUGAGGGGUAA